AUGGCUGCGUCACUAUCAGUUCCUAGAUGUACAGUGGACACUGAAGAGCCAGAUGCCCGGAGGGAGAUCCGAGAGUUCGAUGCAUGCGCCAGAAGCCGGGGAGCUCAGACGUACCCGGUCUUAGAUUGGUUGGACGCCGAUUUCAUGAACCAGCAGGAUUUUACCCCACCUAUGGUUUCUCCGAAUUCCUCAUCCAACGAGGAAGCUCUGGAUCAUCCUGAACGGGGUUCGCCGCUGGUUAGGCCCAAUAACGAAGCUGAAGGAUAUGACACGCCCACCUCUCAGGGUCAUCAGCCGACAGAGGAUCGUACUCCCCGCGCUCGGCUAGAAGCUGGCGCCCUAUGUACCCGGCCAGGACUCAGACGAUUCUUCGGCACCACCGACAGGUACCGUACAUACUGGUUCUUCGACGGUGGGCUGGAUGGCACGACCGCCCGGAAUUUUUGUGCCAUCGGGUCCAAUCACAUCUUCAAGCCUAAGCUGCUUGGCCAUGCAUGCAAAGUAUAUCUAUUCAGAUCUAUGAUGAGAGUGAUCCUACAGCCGGCGACUCCGAAGCCGCUCAAGCUCUCGUCUAAUUCGACAGCGGCCAAGUCCGUCCAAUCUGAAAAGAUCUGA